AUGCACCGCUUGCUCACCAGCACGCUUGCCAGCCUUGCCGGCACGGCAGCAGCGUUUUCACAGCAGGAAAUGCGCCUCGCCAUCAACGACGACAUGCAGUACAACGUGGCGCAGUGGGAACGCUUUGUGAUCGACAACGAAGACGACGAGCUGGUGCAGAUGUUCGUUGCGUACGAGGACAAAAACGUGCUCAAAGCCAACCAGCUCAGCUCCGCAUACGCCGCAUACUCGUACGUGUUCACCAAAGUGCCCUUCGCCGGCCGCCUCUCCCAGGAGGCCGCCUUCAUCCACACAAACACAAACUCCAACUCCAAAGUGCAGGACCUGAGCGCUUACGUAAGCAUCAUCACGAAGGACCACUCGACGCAGGAGCUGGUGUACACGGACGGCGUGACGCCCGACGCGACGUUUUUGACGGUUGCGUCGGCGGGCAGCGGCUACGACGCCAGGUCUGUCGCGUCGGACGUGUGGCAGGCCUACAGCACGUACUAUACGGAGUAUUCAGACUUCAGCGGGUUCUAUGCAGCCAUGAGCAACAGUUUCACUGCUGCGUCGUCGACGGCGGUGUCGACGGCCGCAGACAGCGGCACCACGGGCGCGGCGGCCCGGCUUGCGGGCGCCGGAGCUGAUAACUUCUGUUUUCUCGGCCCUGUAGCUGUACACGGAGCGCAGAUAGUUGAAGAGGGCGAGCAUGAGGGUGGUGAGGCUGAGACACGCAAAUAUGAGGCCCAUGGCGCGGCCGAACGAGUCGUCUGUGCGGAAACACACCGCCAUCGCGGACACAGACAGCACGGAGCAGAACUUGAUCCAGCUGAGCGUCGUGCGCUCGGCCAUGAGGAUGUCGCGGAUUUCUGA